GAAGCUCCUCGGCCCCCGUGCCAGGAUGUCCGACACCUGGGUCCCGGGGCUCGUACCCACUUUGCUGUUCGGCCUGCUGGCCGGCCCCCAACAGGCUGCUGCUAAAUGUGGACUCUUCUUCACCUGCCCCAAAGGAUUCAAGUGCUGUGGGGACAGUUGCUGCCAAGAAUAUGAGCUCUUCUCUGGCCCCCUGAGGAUCUUCGUCAUCACCUUCCUCAUCAUCUUUCCCCUUUUGUGCAUCUGCUGCCUGGCUAAGCGGUUCUGUCGCAGCUGUGGAGAACCAGAGCGGGACCCCCCAGUGGAUCACCAGGGGCCCCCGGAGCCGCCCUCCAUUGCCCCCCCAGAGAGGGUCAGGACGUCUACCUUUGACCCCCCGCCCCCCUACAGCGAGAUUAUUCUGAAACCUGUCCUGCCCCCCAUGGAGCCGCCCCCUCCCUACAGCUUCUGUCCCGAAGAAUAUGCCAGGGUGCCCAGGGGCAUCGACAACCCAGCCUUCUGA